AUGAGUCCCAAUCGCUCCCGCACGAAAUACUCGGCCUCGAUCUCCGGCACAGCAUAUCCAGGCGAGUCGGACGGCAAUCCGCACGGCACUACUAGCACCGCCAGCACCAGCACCAGCGUCAGCAACAUCAGCGAGGCCAACGGUAGCUUUGCUAGCACUAGCAAGACUGCCUUCGAUCAUUCCAGCCGCAACGACUCGUACAUCCAGGACAACGGUAAGCGAAACCGAUACCAGUAUAGCUGCCUACAAUGUCAACGCCGCAAGCAGCGAUGUAGUCGCACCUUCCCUUGCGAAAAGUGUAUGCAACGUGGCAUCGCGCAUCUCUGCUCGCCGCCGUCCAAUCUCCAUCGGCCCUCUCGACGCAUUCGCAUGCGCCAGAAACGCGCCCUCGCCGCCUCGAAUCAGGAUCAAGAUACCAGCAAGCAGACAAUCAACCAAGACAUGGAUGACAUGGACACGUACGAGCUCGACGACGAGCCCGACUCGCUCUCUCCUGACGCUCCUCACGAGACGCCGGCCAGCAGACGUGACGGAGCGUCUAUGCAGUCGAGCCACCCAUUCAACCAGGUCGGGGCGACCGAGCAUUCCUUCAGCGUCUUCUCAACGCAGCACAAGUCGCACGAGCACCAACAACCACUCCAUCAGACCUCCCAGGACGCCAACAAUACGUAUGCUCCCUAUCGUCCACAGCACGUCUCGCCAAUGUCCCCUCCUCGGUAUCUGCACAAUGCCAACCUCGCUCAAGAUCGGCGCGCGCAAAGCUUUUUCCACAUGCAUCCACAUGCCGAUGCCGCACCUCUCACAAGCACACCCGCUGGUUCAAAUGCCGUUGCAAAGGCUCGUGCGCUCCUUUCCUCGUCGAAUCGAUCUCUGAUGAACCAACACAGCCCCUCGGACAUCAACACCUCUCCGAUGCACGAUGUAGGAGCCUUGCAGACACUCGCAGCUUCGUCCACACUUCCGACACGUGGUCUUGCCUCUGACAAUCGUACGGAUGCGCUGGCACAGCUCGCCACCGUAGCGCAAUGGCCUUCACUGCAACAGCAUGAAAGCCAUUUGGCCUCCAUGAACAGGCCCAUGCCCGAGGCUUCAGCCACGGCAUCAAGCCCAGAUCGUGCCUUGAAUAGCGCUGCCGGUGCUGCUGGGCGCCCGUUCGGGUCGGCUAUCGGACUUCCUGCGCCUUCGUCAUCGCGCAGCUGGCAGAGCGCACAUGGACCCGAGUCGGACCAGCGCAGCAUGGUCGAUGCUGACGAUGCCUUCAUUGGCAAGCCUGCUUUGAACGGACUUGGCUGGAAUCCCUUCCGUCGACACGAGGGCAUCGGCACCGACCUCCUUUCCUGGACCGGCCAGCUGGGCCGCGGAUUCGGUCUGGUGAUCCCCAAGUACGAGCUGCGCUCGGUGCAGCAGUCCCUUCCGAGCAGGGCAGAGGCUCAUAGGCUGCUGCAGAUCUAUCUCGACGACUUCAAUUGGUCGCGCUUCCCCGCGAGCCCGUCAGAGCUGCUCAAGGCAGUAGAUGCAUGCAUCGACCACUGUACCAUUUCGGACGACGUUCAGAUGCUGCCUCUCAUGGCUUACUGCCUCUCCAUCUUUGGACUCGCCACGCUCGACCUGGCGGUGCGUCCCUAUCCGACACGGCCAUCGCGUACUUACUUUUUCGCCGCACGUAAGGCGCUCUCGCUGUCGGAAAGCCUCGGCCUGCACACGCUCGACUCGCUGUCGGCCUCGCUCAACUUGUGUCGCUACCUUGACCUGUGCCGUGUGCCACGAUCGACCUGGUUGCAGGUGGCUUCAUGCAUGCGUGGUGCCAUCGAUCUCGGCCUACAUCUCGAUGGCGCGCAUCUUGGGCAGAAUUGCGCCGCAACACUGCACCGACGGGUGCUCUGGUCUCACAUUGUCCACCAGGACCGCGAAUGGAGCGUACUCUUUGGACGCCCCAUGACCGAGAUCCCUCAUUCGACGACGCCGGUCGCAACACUCGAGGACUAUUUGAACUUUGGCCUCGACCUGGCGUGUGCACAGUACCUGGUCGUGCGGGAUGCAUUUCGCGUAUUCAUCGAACGUAUCUCGCGCCUCUUUCAAGAGAUCGCCGCCAGCUCCAACUCGUCGCCCUCCUCGCGCAUCUACGAUCGUGCGCUCGAGAUCGACCGGGACAUUAUCGAGUUUACGAAUUCCCUGCCGCCGUGCAUCUCGUCUGCUUCACCGUCAUCGGGCGGAGCGAUGCGACAGCAGGAUUUUGCCACCACCUUCUACCACCACCUGUGCACCAACCAAAUCCUCUUCUUCCGCUCGCUCUUACAUCGGCCCUUCUGGAUGGAGUCGUCCGAUCCGGUAUCGGCCGAGCGAUACAAGCGCUCGCGUGAGCUGUGCGUCGAGCUCGCUCUUAGCGAUCUGCGCAGUCGCCGGCUGCUUUCUCGUCGCAUCCCUGUCACCAUGCUCUGCCACUUGUACGGCAGCGCUUACUCGCUCCUCAGCAUGAACACGAUCAUCGCCAGCGACAUGCUGUUUGCGCUCGAAUUUGACGAGGCGCUUCACAGCGACGAGGUGCAGGAGCGCCUCGGCUACAUCCAAGAAUAUGUCGCCACCGUCCGCGCCAACAUCCAAGAGUCGCGCGGCGACCAUCUGGCGGUCAAAGAGCUGUACGUCAUGCGCUCUUUGCUCAAGCGGAUCCAGGACAAGGUCGCCACGCUCAAUCCACAGAGUGUCGGCUUCCAGGUGCUUGGCGUGCGCUAUCCCGGCGGAUGUGCGGACCGGCUCGAUAUGACGCUCACAGAGCUGCAGAGCGCGGCAAAUAUGUUACUCAACAUGGCCCGCGCCGGCGUGCGCAUUGACGACGCUACGCGGAUUCCGCCCUCUGGCGUAGACAAGCCGCUGGUAGGGAGCCGGUCUGCCACCAGCUCCGGCGAAUCCUCACACGGCAUCGGUGCAGGCGGAGUGCUGCCCAUGGGCGAUCAACAGACGCAAGGCUACUCAUCCCGCGCUUUUGGUUACUCUGUCACCGAGGCAGAGCUGGCAGGAGGUACGGCAAAGCUGGCAGGGGAUGAGAACGGCAUGCAGACGAUGCUGGGCGCUGACGGACCGAGUGCGGUAACUCCGUCGGCCGACUCAUUGGAUCUCUUUCUAUCAAACGCAGACGAGUGGCUGUCGUCGCUGCUCAAUCCCGGUGCGGCGGCAUUCUCAGCGCCCAACCAGCCGCUCGACUUUGGGUUCUCUCUCUUUUGA